CGCAGUGGCGUCACCAUCUAAGGCGAAGUCCUGCCCACUUAGGCUUCCAGUAAGUGACGCAUGCGUGUGACGUCAUGGAGGUUGCCGGCGCAUUUGGAUGACGAACACACGUCAAAACGAAAAGAUAAACCGCAUUGGGCUCCAUCACUACUGUGACCACUUGGGUAGGCUUAGCACCUCCACAAAGACUGAAAAUCUCUCUGCUUACAUGCUCCAUAUCCUCUCCAUCCUUUUGUACAGCUGGAGGCCCCUGCUCUUUUGCCCUCUCUUCAAGUCGAUUCCUGGGACACGGCCCGCUGUUUACCUACCCUGCUCUCCUACCCAUAUUGGAUCUUCAGUUUUCUACAUCCAACAGUGGUGUCAUCAGGAUUUUGUCAGUAAGCCAUGAACUCUGCGUCAUCAUCACUGGGGCUUCUCUCCGGAUACAAUUCCUCCAACUCUGAUGAUGAAGAUGAAACAGCCGAUAGUACUUCUUGCCAAGUUACAACCAAGUCAAGUUUCUUUGCAGAUACAGCCUCUAGCAGUGAAGAAGAGGCAGAUUGCCAUAAGAAAGCUAAGGUGGCGGAACCUCCAGUAUCUCUUCCUUCCCCCUUGCUCUCUUUUAAACUCCCAGCUCCUUGUCUUGGUAACCAGAGCGGGUUGAGUUCCAGCAGUGUCUUCUCAAACCCAUUUCAAGAUGAGAAGCAAGCACAGCUAAGCAUUUUAGAAAGGCAUGUCAAACUAAGUGAUGGCAAUUGGGCAAAGCGCGGAAAAGGUGUCUGUCUUUCUUACCAGAGAGAUGGACGAUGCCGUUAUGGAACCAAAUGCAAAUAUAGCCAUGGUAGCGAUUUGCCUCAGGGAAACACGGCUUCUGCACAGAGAGAGAUUGUUGGGAAUGAUUCAAGUAAUGAAGUCUUGGACAUGCCCAGUUUAAUAAGUGGGGAAGAACAAGUCGAAGAACCGCAUAGUGAUAAGGGGAAAAGAAAAAAGCCUGGACUCAAUGACACUCUAAUUCCCCCUAAAAGGUCAUUAAAAAGUUACCAAAAGCAAUUGUCAACCGAAAGACCAUGGGCAUUGUAAAGUAGAAUGUUCAAUCUGUAUUCUGUUCAUACAGCCCCUGUGGUGUAUAUAUGAAAUUUGAUCAUAUAUGAUUAGGCCCUGUAGAAUAACAUUGUAUAUAUGAGCUGUGUUUUCCUUUCUCCUCCUAAGAAAUUUACAUAAAUAUACUGUGACAUUUAUAAAAGCUAUAUGUGUGGUAUUUAUUCAUGCCAAAUUCAGCCUCUUGUUCCAGAAGUUACUUAUAAUACAGCAAGACAAAUCCCAUUAGAACUUUAGACCACACUCCUUGAAAGAGGUUGUCCAGAAUUUUAAAAGAAAAUUACACUGCAGUUUAUCAUUUGCCCCAGUGGUAAUGUUUACAAGUACAGUGCAUAACCACUGAUGUCAGUAAUUGACUGCAGCAUCAUUUUAGUUAUGCAAUUAUGUAUGUAACAUAAUUGCUACAGAAUGUAAUGUUGAUUAAUGGAUAUUGUUUUUUUUU